UGCGCACCUAGCAUUAUGACCACACCCUCGCACUCGAACCUUUCCCAGCUGCCGCCAAUGCUCCUCAUUCUCCUCCUUGCAGCAGCAGCUGGGUCUGACUUGAUCAUGUUCCAGACUGCCGCUGCUGAGAUUGCGCUUCCGGGUUGCCCCGAUAAGUGCGGUGACGUGAGCAUCCCCUACCCCUUCGGCAUGGGGAAGGCCGGUUGUUUCCUCCCAGGCUUCGAGGUCACCUGCAACACCGCCGUCCAGCCGGCUCGCGCCUUCCUCGCCUACACACCAGGAGAUGAAAACGCAACACACCACGAGAAGAGGAUCAUGGGCAUGGCGGGCGCCACUCCCGUGGCGUCCGACAACAUCACAGUUGAGCUUUUGCCAGUGGAGCUGAUGGAUGUAUCAGUCGGGAAGGCCGAGGCACGAGUGUACUACGGACUCAGUUCAUACUGCCGCACCAGUCCAGUUGAUCGCACCAUAAAAAGCCCCAUAAUGGUUUUGGAGGAAAAGGGGCCGUUCCUCCUGUCGGUGACGCGCAAUGUACUCGUUGGCGUGGGAGCGUGGCGAGUCGAAGUUAUGUUUGUGAGCGACUUGGCCAUGACCGAUAACAUGUCCGACACGUUCAUUCUCUACUGCCUUUCAGAUAUCAAUGGACACGUGCAGUAUGCCACCAAUGGGUCGUGCGGUGGGCGCGGCUGCUGCGAGGCUGUCAUGCCCCCGGACACGGUCCCACAAACCAGGUUCGCCCCGCUGGUGAACCCUCAAGAAGACCCCGACUACCGGAAGGAAAUCAACCCGUGCUCCUAUGCCAUGCUGGUGGAGAAAUCAUGGUACAACUUCUCUACCACAGACUUGUCUGGCUAUGAGGGGAUGUCCAACAAAUUCUCCAGGGGUGUCCCCCUGGUGAUCGACUUCGCCAUCAGGACAGGUACGUGUCCGGCAGCAGGCCAGCAGCCACCCAAAGGCUAUGCGUGCCUUAGCAGAAACAGCUACUGCGGCAACGCCACCAGCGGAGAAGGUUACAUUUGCAAGUGUGACGAGCAUUACGAUGGAAACCCAUAUGUCCCCAACGGAUGCCAAGACAUCGAUGAGUGCAAGCUUCAUGAGAAGUACAACUGCUCUAAUGGUGGAACCUGCAAGAACAGGCUUAACGGCUAUGACUGUCCAUGCGGACCCGGAAUGACCAACAAAGGAGGAAAAUGCACGGAGAUAUUUCCCACAGUAGCAAAGGCAGUUGUGGGUGCGGUAGCUGGUCUCCUUGUUCUGGCCCUUCUAUCAUUCAUUAUCAUUCUUCGCAAAGAGCGUCGGAAGACAAAAGAAUUCUACCGUAAGAAUGGUGGGCCAACAUUAGAGAAGGCUAAAAUGAUAAAGAUUUAUAAAAAAGAGGAUCUCAAGCAUAUUUUGAUGAGCAGCAAUGUAAUUGGAAAAGGUGGUUUUGGUGAAGUUUUCAAGGGAUUUGUUGAUAAAGUAGAAGUUGCAGUAAAGAAACCAAUAACCGGUAAUUUGCUAGAGAGCGAGCAGUUUGCAAAUGAAGUCAUCAUCCAGUCUCAAGUUAUCCAUAGGAACAUUGUUAGGCUCUUAGGUUGUUGCCUAGAAGUGGACACCCCCAUGCUAGUGUACGAGUUCAUCUCCAAAGGUAGCAUGGACGAUAUUCUUCAUGGGGAGGGCAACAAGGAGCCUCUUAACUUGGACGUGCGUCUAAGGAUUGCUGCAGAAUCAGCACAUGGUCUAGCUUAUAUGCAUUCACAAGCACAUAUAAAAAUUUUGCAUGGUGAUGUGAAGCCAGCAAACAUUCUCUUGGAUGAGAACUUCGCGCCGAAGAUCUCAGACUUCGGCAUAUCAAGGUUGAUUGCGAGAGACAAGGAACAUGCUGCAACAGUUAUCGGUGACAGGACCUAUAUGGAUCCAGUGUACUUACAAACAGGUCUGUUGACUGAAAAGAGUGAUGUAUACAGUUUUGGGGUUCUCAUCCUAGAGCUUAUUAGCAGGAAGAGGGCCACUUAUUCUGACAACAAUAGCUUGGUCAGCAGUUUCCUUGAUGCUCACAAAAAGGGGGAGAAAGCCACUAAGCUAUUUGACAAGGACAUUGCUUCUAAAGAAAAUUUGGAAGUUCUUGAUAAUCUCACGGAGAUUGCUGUGGAAUGUCUUAACCUUGAUGUCGACCAAAGGCCAUCAAUGACAGAAGUGGCAGAACGCCUUCUCAUUCUAAACCGAUCUCGUAAGUUGUAAGUUGAUUAUCAGCAAGAUUGUGUUGAGUCCGUCCAUGUGUACCACCAUGUAAAAUAAGGUAGACAACUAUCAUUGUACCAACAUUUACUUUAUUUGUUGAUGUGAGAAGCAAGGUGUGCACCCUUGGUUGUAAUGAAAUUUGUAUUGUGAGUAUUUGUCCUUUGUUUGAGAAAAUGUAUGAACAAGUUAAUUAAAGUCUUUUGUUA